UUUUUAAGACCCCGUCAUUGUCAGGUGCUGAAAGCAAGAUGGUGGCCAACAUACCAGGCAGCCCUGACCGCACCGCCGCCCUUCAGAAGCGAUUGGCCAAAACUGAGCAUGACAUCUUGUCGCUGAAGAGCAGGAUGGCCUGCGAGAGGGCGUCGUGGGAGAGGAGGUUUGCGGAGCUGCGGAGGAAGCAGGCGGAGCUUUGCAAUCAGGUCAUCUUUGACGCUGCGGCCCUGACACGAGCGCAGGCAAAAGUGGACAAUGGAGACUUGUUUGAGGAGAGUUCCGGCAAAUGCAAGUGCAAACAUGGCACUCCUUUACUGCCAUUUGUUCAUGAUCGUUCUUGUGCUUUCUCAAAUUAGCUUUCAGCGUCUCUCAGCUGAUGCUUCACGACAGAUGCCCUGAUCUUCCGUCACCGGGCGGCCAGUUAUCUUUGUCGUCGGUGUCAAGCUCCAAUUCUUCCUGCUCUUCAGUGUCAAGUGUGAGAUCAGGAAGAUCUACAGGACCGCACCGGGUUUUUGUCCCCCACUCACCAUUGGACCUGCAGCUGGGCCACCGGGUCAGAAUCAUGCUGCCCACCGGGCGCAUCAGCACGGGCACCGUUCGCUUCCUGGGCCACCUGCAGGGGGAGCCAGAGCUGCACCUGGGGGUGGAGCUGCAGGCGCCCGACCACGGCGUUCGGGACGGCCACCAUAAGGGAUACUGCUACUUUGACUGCAAACCUGGCCAUGGUGCCUUCGUAACUUUCCACAAGCUACUGAUGGCCUGGGAAUGACCCUGCAUGGCAAGGACAGCUUGGACAAAGCAGUAUUGGCAUUUUGGAAAGAGAUACACCACAUUUUUUGCAGUACCGUAUUUCCCUUGAUUAUAGUAUGCGCCUGCCUAGAAUUACUGCCGGGUCAAACUCGUUUUGCAAAAUAAUUAGCGCAUGCUUAGCAUUACCGCCAGGUCAGGAUUAACGCCGGGUCAAACUCGUUUCGCAAAAUAUUAUUUUUAUUAGCGCAUGUCUAGAAUUUCUGCCGGGUCGAACUCGUUUCGCAAAAUAAUUAGCAUAUGCCUAGAAUUUCCACCGGGUCAAACUCGUCACGUCACGAGUGACACUUCACCUGUCGUCACUUUCAAAAUGGAAGAGACGGAUUUCAAUCAUUUGAAAUCGCAUAAAGGGAAGAAGAUUAAGAGCUAUUCAGUUGGAUUUAAGGUCCAAGCUAUUGAAUAUGCUAAAAAGAACAGUAAGAAGCUAUGUUUUAUUAAUAUACCGUAGCUGCGUGUGUCAAAUAGGAGUCAUUAAAUGACUCCCCGCCUCCUGGUGGUAGAGGGCGCUAGUGAGCCUUCUCGCGACUACUCGGCUGCAGAAGAUGUGACAACAAGCAGCAAGAGUGAGCAGCGAUUGUUUAUUUUUUCCUCUCGCUUGCAGUUUUAACAUGGAGGAUUACAUAUGUAAAAUAAAUCAGUUUUCCAAACUGGACUUUCAAUCGAAGCAGGAGGUAAAAAAGGAAGAUCUCCAUCGAGACAGAGAGACUUUUAAAACUGAAGAAAGAUAAGGAAGACUUCUAUAAACAAGUUAUCGAUGCUUUUGAUCAGAAGGAGCUGCGCAUGGACUUCAUUUAUAAGUAAAUGUAAGAACAUAAUAAUGGUUUUUUUUAAUUAAAUGUGCUUUUCAUGAUGGUAUCCUUACAUUACACUCAAAUUUAUAAGCGCAGGCCUAUAUUUACCGCAUGCCUUUGGUAAACGCCGGAGUGAGAAAAGGUUUUAAAUUAAUUAGCGCCCUGGCGGCAAUUCAAGGAAAUACGGUAUAUAAAAAAAUACAAGCUCUAAUAUGGUAAAAAGCUGAAGAAGAGAUGUGUGAAGCCUGUGAAGCAAAUUUUUUGUGCUGACACUGUCAUAUCUAUGUAUCUUAAAAAAAAAACGGUCUGGCAUUUUUAAGAUUUUAGUCUGUAGAUGAUAUGACGGGAUUCUCAGCCAUUGCCAGGCACUGACAGGGAAGGCGACAAUAAACCAGCUGCAAAUGUGUUUUGAACUAUA